AUGUUUGUUACAUAAUUUAUUUCAGUAAAUUAUAUAUUAUGUUUAUCAUUUUAGAGUAUAUAAUGUUAAAAAUAUUCUUGUAAAUUAAGGAAGAAUUGUAAAUUUUUAAAACUUUGAUAACAUUUUUUGAUAGCAUUUCGGAUUUGUUACUGGGGAAAGUGCAGAAUCACCCACUGCUUGGUGCGUUAAGAAUUGCACAUACUCGGUAUCUAUGUGCACAUCGACCUAUUUUCACUUAAAAAAGCAUCUCAGAAUUGCACAAAAAUGGUAUUGCGCACUCCCGUGACUUUAUCCAUGUACACAUCGACCUAUUAAAAGAAAACUGACAAAAAUCCAAUUCUUGUAAAAAGCGGCAAACAAAUAAGUGGACGAUUCUUCAUUUUACCGCUGUUACUUAUCAUAAAACGAACUGUUUUUGCAAUGGGAGACCUUAAAGAUGUCGGACAAGCUGGUGAGGGACCAGAACUAAAAAUUAAUACUGGUGAUGAAGCUGUUGACAUUGAACAGAAUACUGCACAAACAGAAGAUCUAAAAGAUGGUAUAAUGGCAGCUCUAAACCAUAAAUCAUGUUCCUCAAACACACUCAAUCUGCCAAAGCCAGUCAAAAGGAAUGUGAAAGCCUUAAAAAAACUUCAGCUAGCUUAUGUGAAUACAAAAGUAGAAUAUUAUAAAGAACGCCAUGAACUUGAAAUAAAAUAUGAAAAGAAAUUUGAACCAUUGUAUGGAAAGCAAGCUGCUAUAGUAACUGGUGCUGUAAUCCCAACCGAUGAAGAAUGUGAUUUCCAAUUGGACUCUGAAAAGAAAGCUGAGCUUUCAAAUGAAAUUCAGAAAGUUGAAGAUGAUACUGAAGCAAAAAUGGAUGUACCUGCAGCUGCAAUUAAAGGCAUUCCAAAAUUUUGGUUGACAGCUCUUAAGAAUGGUCCUAUUGUUGCAGAUGUGAUUGAGGAGUAUGAUGAACCUAUUUUAGAACAUUUGAUAGAUAUAAAAGCAAUAACUUCGUCUGAUCCUAUGGGUUUUUACCUGAAAUUUCACUUUGAGCCAAAUGACUAUUUCACUGACACAUUUUUAAUUAAGUCUUAUGAAUUAAAAUGUGUUCCAGAUCCUACUGAUGUCUUUUCCUUUGAUGGGCUUGAAAUUGAUUCAUGCAAAGGUUGUACAAUUGACUGGAAAAGAUUCAAAAAUGUGACUGUAAAGACAAUAAAGGAGAAGCAAAAGACCAGGGGUGCUGUUAGAACUGUUAGGAAAACGGUUCGAAAUGAUUCUUUCUUCAAUUUCUUUAAUCCUCCUCCAGUUCCAAAAGAAGGUGAUCAAAUGGAUGGUGAAACUGUGAGUAUCUUGAAUACUGAUUUUAGAGUUGGUCUCUCGAUAAAAGAUCGAAUCAUUCCUUAUGCAGUACUAUAUUUCACUGGUAGAUAUUGUGGAAGAAGAAUUUGAUGAAGAAGAGGAUGAAAACAAUAAUCAGUGCCUGGCAAAUUGUCAUGGGCAUGCUUUGUAACAAGACAGUUGUAUGUUUUGUAAAUUUAUUUUUCUUGCAAUUUUGUAUUAUAAAGAAAGCUUACUGUAUUUAAAUCAUGUGGUAUAUUUAUCUGUAUACAAAUAUUAAUAAAAAUUACAUUACUUGUUGAAA